AUGCCACCCAGCUCGACGCCCACUUCGGCGGGCCGUCAGACCACCUUGUUAGGGUUCUUCAACAAGCCCACUCCGGGAGGAUCUCAAUCUAAACCUAAUACCCCCAGCUCCAGCUCCCGUCCCGCUCCGAAGACACCUACGUUGGGCACUUCCAGCAGAACAGUAGCUGGAUCUAAGACUAAACAGAGCGUCUCUAGGACCGGAUCCAAUUCGGACGUCCUCCAACAACAAGCACAAGCACAAGCACAGGACCCGUUGAGCGAGUUGGAGGACCUGCCGGAGACGGAGAGUUCGAAGUCGAUUUCGAAGCCGACGUCCAAAGGUGCUACCACUUCAAGUGAGAAGGUUGUGAAGACGGAUGAUGUGGAGAUGGAUAUGAUGGGUGGUGAAGAGGAAGAUUCUCCGAUCAAGGUGACUGCUCGAAGACAAUCGACGAAACGCAAAGUCGUCUACGCGGAGACGGAUUCCGAACCCGAAGAUGCAGGUUCUGAUUCUUCGGGAUCCGUGGUAGGAAGAUCCAGAGCAAAGGGGAAACUACAACAAGCCAAGAAGCAGAAAACCAAAAAGGGGAAAGGGGGUGAUGAUGAUGAGUUCGAGAUGGAUAUCAGUGAAGGUGCGGGGCCGGGUGGGGAGGAAGAUGAGGACGAGUUUGAGAUGAUGGAUGAUGGCUUUGAUUUUGGGGACGAGGCGCUCGCCGCGGCGAUGGACGAGUUCGAGAAGACGCCCGUUUCGAGCAAGACGACCAAGAAACCUCCUCCCUCUACCUCCCGUCUCAUUACCAAAGCGGGGGAAUCUUCCCGGGCUUCGCAAUUCACUUACGACCCCUCCUCUUCUUCCACAAACACGCAAAAGACUCCGACCCGGCCUCCCGUACGACCGCUCGGGAACGGCAGUAACAAGUCUGCGGGUAAAAGGUCCGGAUUGAAUUCGGCUGGAGGAGGUGGAUCGGGAGGGUUCUUGACGCAAGCAGAGAGGAGUCGGUUGGAGGCCAAGGAGAAGAAGAGGGCCGAGGAGGACUGUUUCGAGUUUUUGAAGGAUCUGCGGGACAAAGAGAAGAAUCGCCCGGGCGAUCCCGAGUAUGACCCGAGGACGGUGUUCAUCCCUAGCAAGGCCUGGGCGACGUUUUCGCCGUUUGAAAAGCAAUUUUGGGAGAUCAAGCAGAAUCACUUUGAUACGGUGUUGUUCUUCCAAAAGGGAAAAUUUUACGAGUUGUACGAGAAUGACGCAGAGAUUGGACAUGCCGAGUUUGACCUGAAACUUACGGAUCGGGUGAAGAUGAAGAUGGUCGGUGUACCGGAAGCCAGCUUUGAUUUCUGGGCUGCCAAGUUCCUCGCUGCCGGGUACAAGGUCGGCAAGGUGGAACAGGCAGAGACGGCUAUCGGGAUGGAGAUGCGAAACAAGGCGAAAGCGGGCAAACCGGCGAAAGGAGAUGGGAUCGUACGAAGAGAACUGGCCAGCGUCCUUACGAAUGGAACCGUGGUGGACGAGGCCUUUUUGACAGAGGAGGAAGCGUCCCACUGUGUUGCCAUCAAGGAAGGCAGAUCGGAAGACGGUCUCAGGGCGACGUAUGGCGUUUGCGUACUGGACGCUGCGACAGGACAAUUCGAACUCAGCUCGUGGGAGGAUGACAAUGUGGCGACGAGGUUGGAGACGCUUACGAGGCAGUUGAGGAUCAAGGAAUUGCUGCACGAAAAGGGCAACCUCACCACCUCGACAUCUCGGCUUUUGCGCAACUCCUUACCUAUGAAUACGACCUGGGUCUCGCUCCGGCCGGAGACUGAGUUCCUAUCCUUCGACGCGACUGUCAUCAAAUUGAGCGACUUUUUCAGUAGCAUAUCAGAAAACGCCGAAAACGCCGAAGUCCCGACCGCCAUCACCGAGAUGGUGGAACAACGUCAGGACUUGGCGAUCGAAGCGCUUGGCGGAAUGAUGUUCUACCUCCAGAGUCUCAACAUGGCCAACGACUUGCUCAGUCAGAAGAGCUUCAACAUCUAUGAUCCGAUUCGAAAGGGGGAGGGUAUGGUGUUGGAUGGGCAAACAUUGAGCCAUCUCGAGAUUUUGCUCAAUAACGAGGGAGGGAGCGACGGUACCCUUUUGCAACUAUUGCAGAGGUGUAUCACUCCGUUCGGCAAACGAUUGUUCCGCUUGUGGCUGACAGUGCCGCUCCGGGAGGUGGACGCCAUCAACGCCAGGCUGGAUGCGGUACAAGACCUCAUGAACAACCCCCAAUUCAGCGAACGAUUCAGCAAGAUGGCGAGCGGCGUCCCUGAUCUCGAGCGACUGAUCUCGCGGAUACACGCUGGACGAUGCAAGCAGGGCGAUUUCCUGAAAGUGCUGGACGCCUUCAAACGCAUCUCGACCGGUUUCGCGCGGCUUGCAGAAAUGACCGAUGGUUUCGAUGGCAGCAGUACCGGUCAGCUGAUCAGAUCGUCUCCCGAUCUGGCCCAAUACAUGGGACAUAUUCAAGCGAUGUAUACCCUGACGGACGGCGUCAUCAUUCCUUCUAGGGGAGCGAGUUCUGUCUGUGACGAGGCCGCAGACGCGGUCGACGCUGCGGAGGAAGCUCUUGAUGAAGCGCUUGAAGCUUACAAGUCUCAGACGAAGUGUAAAUCUUUGACGUAUUGGCAUUCGGCUCAGGGUCAGAAGGAAAUCUACCACAUCCAGGCACCUGCCAACGGGUUUUCCGCCCCUGCCAAUUGGACAAAAACUUCUGGCACCAAGGCCUUCUCGCGCUAUGUCACCCCUAAAACCUUGCCCCUCAUUCGUGAGGUUCAAGAAGCUAGAGAAACUAGAAAGAUCGCCUUUGCGGAAUUUUACGGUACCCUGAUGGCGGAGUUUGACAAAGACCGGGAUACCUGGCUUAAAGCCGUCCGUAUCUUUGCCGAGACCGACUGCUUAUUGUCACUCGCGAAGUCGUCCGCCGACAUGGACGAGCCCAAGGUCCGACCUGAAAUCGUCGCUUCAGAUAGCGCUUACAUCGACUUUGAAGAUCUCCGACACCCUUGCAUGUCAUUGAGAACCGACUUUAUCGCCAAUGAUAUCAAGCUGGGCGGGGAUGUUGCGCGGCAAGUGCUCCUUACAGGCCCUAAUACCGCUGGUAAAUCUACUUUGAUGCGAUCGACCGCGAUGGGAAUCAUUCUCUGUCAACUUGGAUGCUUCGUACCCGCAGCGAAAGCCGUAAUCUCUCCCGUCGACCGAAUCGCGACCCGAAUGGGUGCAUACGACGCCAUCUUUUCCGGCCGAUCUACUUUUGCCGUAGAGAUGGAUGAGGCAAAGAAAAUUCUCACCGAAGCUGGUCCGAAAGCCAUGACCAUCCUCGAUGAACUCGGUCGAGGGACCGCUACUUUCGACGGACAAAGCUUGGCCGAAGCCAUCCUCCAUCAACUCGCCACGCACACCCUACCCAUCGGCUUUUUCAGCACCCAUUACCACAUGUUGACCGAGGCUUAUCUUUACCCGGAACCUCAUCCCAAUGUGAGAUGUCAACACAUGCAAACCCAGGUCAAUGAUGAGAAGCGGGAGGUGAUACCCAUGUACAAGUUGAUCGAUGGGGUGGCGGAGAGCAGUUUCGGUACCCAUGUCGCCCAUCUGGCCGGCGUACCAGAUUCGAUCGUCACCAGGGCAGAAUCUGUAUCAAAGGAGUUCUUUGCGGACUUGCAGGAAAAGCUGGCUAGGAGGAGGAGAUCGAAACUCUCCUCGAUCGCUCAAGCAGACUUCGCUUUCCUCGUCAACGUGUGCGAUCCCAAAAACAAGGCGCUUCAGGAGGAUAAUAUGAAACUCGCGGACCUUUCCGCUCAGCUGGACGUUAUUCGUCGUAGCAUCAAAUCUGCCGCGUGAAGGCGGAACCCAUAUACAAACACUUUACGAACCAGAAUUAUACAUACGAUAGGAGGCAGGAGCCGACCAAUGCGACCAAUCAGCCUCAGAGGCGGUUCUCGAAUGCACGCUCUGCCUAUGGUGCCUGCAGUCGAGAAAAUGUAACUUUUCACGAUCAUAUCGAACGUAUUCGCAAUGUUUCACAACCGAUGUACUAAUGUCUUUGUAGAGCCCAUACAUGCCAUACACCAUAGUUAGUCGAGCACGAGCAAGAGAUCAACAGAUCAGAAGAAUUAUCAUUAGGC